UCCCGAAACAUGGCGGCUGAGUCUACACAACAAGACUUAUGUCAUUGCGGGUAACUGGCCGGUUCUUUGCACUUGUGAGUAUAUAAUUAAGGCCACAGUGGUGUUAGAGUGGAGUCUGCACAAUGCCGAAAUAUUACGAGGAUAAAGAGCCGGAUAACAGAGCCUGCGCCGGUAUCAGAGAGGACUUUAAGGCAUGUCUCCUUCAGCACGAAUGCGUUGUAAAGGAGGGGAAGCUGCCCAGUCAGUGUUUGAAGGAAGGCCACUGCAAAGCCCUGCAGACAUCAUUCUUUGAGUGCAAGAGGUCAUUGCUGGACACAAGGUCAAGAUUUAGAGGAAGGAAAGGAUAUUGAGGAACCAACUGAAUGCUGAUGCUGCAGUAUGGCUGAGUAAAUACUGGAUGAACUGUAAAUACUUGGAGUGAUUUAAAUCAAAAGGCACUGUUCAUGGGUUGGGUGUGUGCAGCUCAAAAAACUAAUCUGAAAGACAUAAUUAUAAUUUCAAAGAAAGUGGGUAGCAAAUGACAACCAAACAUGAAAGAACAGUGCACCAUGACAUUGGAAAGGAUUACCAACUCGUCAGUAAAAUGCAGUGCUGGGAAAAAAAAAAAAGACUGGAGCUUCAAGCAUCUUGAUUCCUUCAAAGGAAAAUGUAAUGUAUUAUUUUGGAUGAAUGAGUGUGUGUUUUAUGAUAUGGAAAAUGGUUAAAUAAAUAAAACA